GGAAGGCUUGGGCGGGUUGGCAUCCGAAUGCCAGAGGUGUUUACAAGUUAGCCGGCUGCUGAGUGAGUGAAGAACCUGAGCGGUGAACAUUGAAAUAAGGAUAUCAGAGGUCUUCAGUGAAAGUCUUGGAUUGUAUUUUCAUUAGUUAUGGAAAAAAUGACUACUCUUAAAAGUUUUGAAAGCAAAGGCAUCCUUACUUCGACCCCAAUCCGAGGAGCAGGAGAUGGAAUGGAAACAGAGGAGCCCCCUAAGUCUGUUGAAGUCACCCAUGGAGUCCAACCCAUAAAUCAGCAUGUCCUUCCAAGUCCACGUAAGAAAGUCCCCUCAGACAGCCCAGGUGUUCUUCAGCUGGGGAAGAUUCUUAAUGAAAAAACAGUGGAAGUCGAAGCUGUCAGAAUAUUUGUUCCCAAAGCUGCUAUCACUCACGACAUCCCCACCAAGAGUGCAAAGGUUAAGUCCCUAGGACAUCACAGAGAAGAGCUCCACAAUCAAUCAGAGGUGGUCACAGACCCAAGGAAGGAACUCUCAGAGGUCAAGAAGGUUUUGGAAAAGCUCAAGAAUUCUGAAAGGAGGCUACUUCAGGACAAAGAAGGUCUUUCAAAUCAGCUCCGAGUACAGACAGAGGUAAAUCGUGAGUUAAAAAAGUUGCUUGUGGCUUCUGUUGGGGAUGACCCACAGUAUCACUUUGAACGUCUAGCCCGGGAGAAAAACCAGCUCAUCUUAGAAAAUGAAGCACUCGGUCGGAACACAGCCCAGCUCUCUGAACAGCUGGAACGGAUGUCAAUACAGUGCGAUGUUUGGAGAAGUAAAUUCCUUGCAAGCAGGGUGAUGGCAGAUGAAUUAACAAACUUCAGAGUAGUUCUACAGCAUCAGAACCGAGAUGCCCAGAGCGCUAUCCAGGAUCUCCUGAGUGAAAGAGAACAGUUCCGUCAGGAAAUGAUCUCCACCCAGAAAUUUUUGGAAGAACUCUUGGUCUCCUUACAGUGGGGGAGAGAACAGACAUACUCCCCUAACACACAGCCCCACAGCACGGCAGACCUAGCACUCACAAACCACAGGCUGGCAGAGGCGGUGCACGCUCAUCUGCUGGGAAACGUUGGCAUCAGCCAUCCGAAGAGGACUCCAGCAACAGCAGAAGUCUGCAGUACCCCAGCUGAGAAGAUGGCUGAAAAGGUUCUGCGGAUUUUGGAUCCAGUUGCCUGUACAGAAAGCUCUCCGGACAAUGCAUUUGCCGAAUCCACAUUACUCACUACAAAGAAAAAUAUUGGACGUUUCCAUCCCUAUACCAGAUAUGAAAAUAUAACUUUCAAUUGCUGCAGUCACUGCCAGGGGGAGCUCCUUGCUCUCUAGUGUGUGCUGACUGGAGGAGAGCCGAUUGGAGGCCGGCUCAGUCCCCACAGUCAUUAUUAUUGAGAUGCUAGAAAUAAAAUCAAUUCGCCUUUAUAUAAUACAUGCCCAUGAAGCUAUUCAUGUACUGGAUUCCAGAUUAUUUUUCAUAACAAAUAUCUCAGGGUAAGAAAGUAAAGCUAUGUAGAUAUAUUUAAAGUACAAAGUACUUCCCAGUACAUAGUAUUUAUGCGAAAAAACUAAAAAGACUUUUAUAACUUUCUUUUAGGCCCUAUAUUAUUAUUCUGUUAUAUAUUUUAUAUAAAGUAUAAACAGGUUUCAUUUUGGUGCAUAAAACAAAAAACAGGCAAACUACAGCCAUGCUUUGUGAAGGGGUAUGGUCAUGUCAACCUGUAUCACUCUCUAGGCAGCUUUACUGUACGUAAGCAGAGUCCAUCCCUUUACAGAGCAAGUCUUGUAGUGUAAUAUCUGGGGCACAGGAAAAAGGGAUUCGCAGUCCCUUUAUAGUCACAUUGUGGGUGUGCAAGCAGCCUUCAGAAACACCAGGGUAAAGGGUUACUUUUUCUAAACAAAUAUAUUAGGAAAAUAAAACAGUAUUUUAGAACUACAACAAAUACUUCAACAAAAGUGUUCCAGGCUGUUUGGUUUUUGCAAGCAUCCUGUCUUCUGCACGGUUGCAGUUGCAAAGGAACCAGAUUGAGAAUUACCAACUCAUGUUGGGUGUUGAGCACAGCAGGAGUACCUAGUUUGCUGAUGAUGGAAAAUGAUCUUCUAGGGAAAAAUGUAAUCCAUCAAUUUACAUAUAUUAUUAAAUAUAUCACUGUAUAA